AUGGAAACUAUACUUGGUUUUAUCAAACUUAGGAUUAACAGAGGCAUUAAUCUUGCAAAACGCGAUGCUUAUUCAAGCGACCCUUAUGUUGUUGUCAAAAUGGGUGAACAGAAGCUGAAAACUGCGUUCAUACGUAAAAAUAUUAAUCCGGUGUGGAAUGAAGAAUUGACUCUAUACGUUAAGGAUGUUGCAACUCCAAUAUAUCUGCAAGUUUUUGACAAAGACACAUUCACUAAAGACGAUGAAAUGGGUGAUGCAGUUAUAGAUUUAAGGCCGUAUAUUGAGUGUCAUUUGAUUGGAAUGGAGAGUAUGCCAGAUGGAUGUGUGGUGAAGAGAAUUCAACCAAAUAGAACUAACUGUCUUGCUGAAGAGAGCACAUGCUUUUGGCGCAAUGGGAGUAUAGUCCAACGUAUGAUGCUAAGAUUGAAAAAUGUUGAGUGUGGCGAAAUAGAGUGUGAAAUUGAGUGGCGUGAUAUUCCUGGCUGUAAUGGUUUAGCAGAGCUGAUAAAAUCUUGA